ACGUUGAUUCUGAGAGAAGUGAACGCCUUUCACAGUUCAGUAAGUUCGACUGUGUAUGUUUGGACGGAUCUGCGACUUCGCGCUAUGCAGUCUGCUUCGUAUACGAGGUGUUUAUUUGCGAUUCUAUUCCAAUAUCGCGAUGUGUGCGGUGUGAUGUGAAUUGAUCUCGUCCUCUCAGACUGAGACUGAUCGUCGGUGAUUUUCGGUCCACGUUGAAAAUUCUCAUCAGUAAUGCGAGCAAUUUUUAGUGUAUUGGAACGUGUGCAUGAUACGUGCAAGUGCGUUGACUCGCCGUGUAUUUUGGAUUACAGCCAGAGAUUCCAGUGUUUGGAAAUACUCGACGUAUAACAGUGUUGCUAUUUUCGCCUUCGAUGGGCUUUUAGAAAAAGUUUCGUGUUUGGUGUUGGCUACGCCUCAGACGAAUUAAAUUUCCAUAAUGAACCGAGUUUUUAUGAUGUGCGUGUAUUUUUUACUCGUAUAAAUACCGGUAGUUGGUCGAGUUUUAGUGUUUAAAUCCAUAAUAUUGAGCUGAUUUUGUGAAUCCUACAUAUAUGAUUGUGUGUGUUUACAUAAAGUGUGUUUUCUUGGCCUUUAUACGGUUUAAGGAUUGACGACCUGACGAGGUGCCGAGUAAAAUAUGGUUUUCAUGGGUAUGUUAGAUACAACAACACCUCGGACGAUCGAGGAAUACGGCGGAACGGUCAUCAGCCGUAUUUCCGACUAUAAUUCCAAUACCUAUGAAAAAGACGAUACCAGUAAAGAUGUCCGUAACACGGAUGACGCCAAUUUCUCCUACGUUAGCAGUAUUCUUUCGCAAGAUAUAGAUUUCAUUCAGGAUACCUCCGAUUACCAGUGGUUUGCAGAUUACAGUUACCGAGGCGAUGCUAAUAAUAUUUGCAAUAAUAUGCAUACCAGUAUAUUAUCAUCGUUAUGUACAUCGUAUGGAUAUAACGACAUGGCCAGAGACCUGGACGCAAAUUUGGCUCAAGUGGACAUGGAAGAUUUCCGAACCGAAGAUAUUCAUAGCUUUUUACACAGUUUACCACAAAUUUGCUGUACCGAUGCUCACAAUGAAAAAGGAGGAGAAAUGUUUGCCAGUGUAACAGGAUCGAUGAUGGUUAGAUACGACUUCGAUUCUUCCAUCAGUCCUCGUAGUACUUCUCAGGAGGAUUCGAACGGAUCUUUGUACAAAUCAGAAAUUCUAUUUUCUCCGGUGAAAGAAUUGCCAAUGGUGAAUUUCAGCAUAGAUUCUUUGGAUUGCGAAGAGCACGAUAUUAUGUUAACUUGUCAAGCUAACAAAGAUAAUUACACGAUCGCUUUUGAAGGAUCAGUACUGAUGGAAAAAUCGACCGAUUCACGCCAAAAUGAAACUGCGCCGCAGACCGAAGAAUGCACUUUGGAAAGCGUCGAGAAAAUGAGCUUAGGUACGACGAGUUCUGAAAAUUCGGUCAGCCAUGUCGAAAAAACAUUUAUGAAUAAAUCGCCUUUAAUAUGUUCCGAAUCUCCUUACACGACGUGGAGUAAAUUAAAAGAAGACUCCGUCGAGAACGUGCUGAAAAAACAAUCCUCGGGGAAUAACAAUACCACUUUUACGUCGUCCAUUGUUUAUGCUGACGUUAAUGCCAGUUGUACAUUUUUAAAGUCUCAAAGUUUACCUAAUUUGAAUCCAGUCAGAAGGCAGUUUCAGUUGAGUAGGUUGAUCAACUCGACUCGACAGGAGGCGUUUUUCGAUAGCAAAACUUCACAACCAAAUCAAUUCAUGAAAAUAUACAACUUAUCGAGAUCUCGUUGCGGACGUAAGAUUCACCGAAGCGUAUUCCAACAUAACGCCAAUUUCGAUCUGAUUACUCAUUUCAUUAACCAGAAACACUUGACGAGUUACAAAUCCCUAGACGAGCAAAGCAGCACGGGCGGUCUAUCGUGUAGAUUUAACAAAACGUUGGAUAAUUUGAACGAAUCGAGUUGCGAAAAAGACGGUCAGCAGGCGAGUAAAAAAGGCUGUGACGUAUUCGAGGAUAGUUUAUUAGUGGCAGAUCGUGUAGCGGAGAUCGACCGAUCAGUAGCUAUGAGCGAUAGUUGUAGCAGUUUUUCCAGUCAUUCUGGUAGAUUAGAGAUGCUAAAGAAAGAUGCGAUGAAAUCGAGUAAUAGUAAUGGACUACCAUCGGAUAAACUAUCCGGCGGUAAUUUCAUCCGCGAUAAGUAUUUCGAUAGCGCUAGGCAAUUCGAGAAAGAGCAACGAAGAAGGAAAGCUGCGAAGAAAUACGUCGGUGGUAUGAAACCUAUAAAGAUCAUGGAUCGAAGUAUGCAAACGAGCUCGUCAGAUGGAGAUAGCGCUAUGAGUCCGACAUCCAAUCAGAAUACCAGCGCUACCACCAAUCCGGUCUACGUCAUGUACCCGAAUUACACGUUGCCGGAUUUAUCGUUUUUGCAAGAGCACGCGACUGAAUUAGAUUUAAAGAACGUGUUCUUAUGGCCGCAAAAAUUCUCACCUUCGCCUACCACCGAACAUGCUUCCGCGUUUCCUCAGCUCGUUGAAAAUACUCAAAAAGAGAAAAAGAAACGACCCUGUUCCUGUCCGGAUUUCGAAUCCGUUCGCAAUAAAGAUUACCAACAUAUUCGCGAUUGGGAAUCGUUAAUGUUCUUGUUGCCUCGUGAAUAUUGCCAAGCUUUAAUGAAAGAUCCUCAAUGGCAAAAAUACGCCGAAAAAAUGAAUGAUUUUGGAAGAUCUCUGAUUUGCACCUCAGCGAUGGAACCUGCCGAUGAAAAUAAAACCGAUUGUACCUCGAACUGUAGCACAGGCACACAACCAUCGUCUGGUUUUCGAGGAUCGUCGACGUUACUAACCGAUUCCGGCGGAUCGGCUUGUAAAUACGAAGAUCAAAGUAAACGACCUCCUUUACCCAAAGGUAUCUUGAGGAAUCCAGUUUUGCAGAAUAUUAAAUCGAGGAAAAAUCUGACCAAUACCAAAAGGUAUAGCAUGUUCGAACUGAGAAGAGAUGAUAAGAAAUCUACUACUGAGAAAAGAAGAUCUCUACCUUCGCAGUUCUCUUCAGCUCAGCAAAAGAAGUCAACGGAUAAAGAUUAUUGCUCGGAAGACGAAGGAGUGUCUAGUGCCGGAAGUCAUUGUGAUAGCCCAGGUCCGCAUUCGGAUCAAGAUGCCAGAAGACUGGAACAUUUGUUAGAGGCAGCGUUCCACUGGAACGAAGACGAAGCUGCCCAAUUGAGAUAUCAGACUGUCAAGAAAACUGUUAGCUUUGCCGACCGUAAUAAUAAAACACCUCCAAAUUCUCCCAAUUCGUCUAUAACCGGUCAGCACAAAGCUCAGUAUCAGAUGAAAUUACAUUCGGCUUUCGAUAGCGCCAUUCACGAAGAAUGCGAAUCAGAGAAACACAGCUUCUGCGAGCAUUUACCGGAAUCAUCGAGAACCGGAUCGUAUAAUUAUAAGAAAGAACUGAUUGAUUCCGUUGAGGAGGCAACUAAACGUAUCAUCAGCUCGGCCGAUUGCCAAGAAACUGUUAACGAAGUAGUAUUAAACCAACUGUGCCCUGCACUUUAUGCCAUACUUAAUCAUGGACUGAAACCAACGCUGGAGACAGCUUUUGGAGAUAUAAAUAAUUCUGUGUGGCAAGUUGUCGAAGCUGCUGCUCAGUUAGGACCAAUGACGCGUGCACUGCAUGAGCUAGUCUUAAAAUUAAAUAACGAAGAUGUCCUUACCGAAGGGCUACUGAAAUUUAACGCUUUUAUUUUUGGUUUACUGAACGUACGCGGCUUAGAUACGUGGUUUAGUUAUUUAAGAACUAGAGAAACUAUUUUAAAGAAGCAUUACGUUGAACAAGGUAUCAUGUUGUCGUCAUCCAAAGGCAUUAUGUCAGAUAGGCAACUUACCGAUCAACUAUUAGCCAUUUUGAAACCAUUAGCUCAUCUUACAUUUGAACUAGAUUUACUUUAUGAGUGCAGAAUGUUACAUAGAAGUUUAAUGCAAUUAGGACAAAAUUCUCCUUGCCAAGGAAACAAUAGGACUUCUUGGGUGCUUCGAAAAAUAGUCCGGUCUUUGGCUAGUAAAGAAGAUGAGCUAGAUAGUAGCAUGAAAAGCUCUGGAUCGAGACCAAGAUCAUGUAUAGAUUCGUCAAAUAACGUCAACUUUAACGAUAUGGCCAGUACUGUGAAAAAACGAUGGAGUGGAAUACAAAUAGGAUCUAAAUUAGCAUCAGCUUUUGAACGUUUAGGUAUCGAAGAUGAAGAAGUAUAUUCGGACAGUUUGGAUCGAACUGUACUCGCUGAUAAAACCAUCGACGAAAGUACAUUACACGACGUUACCUCUUCUACCACCGAAGGCGAUGCGAGUAUGGCCUACGAUAUGGAAAAAGAAUCCGAAGAGCUUGAAUUAUGCGUUAGACGUGAAAUGAAAUUCAAACAGCUGCAAAAGAAAUGGGAAAUGUUGGCUGAAAAAAGAUCUCCUGAUAGUGCUAAGGAUACGUUUACGAAUAGAAUCAUGGAAGACAGCAAUACUCCUGCUGUUAAGUCACGUAUUCCUAGACCGGUCACGUCUCCGGUACGGCCACCGUCUUCCUUGCAUUUUACUAUAGCGUCUUCACCAAGAUGUUCAACUCCUGUGAAACGAUCUCCUUCGUCACCCAGUUCAAAUAUUCCAAUGGCUGUUAAGAAAACAAUUUCACCAACGACUGUAAAAAGAAUACCAGAAUUCGAACCAAACAACAAAGUCAGCUCGACGAAAACGAAACUCGCAUCAGCCAGUCGUACCAGCCGUAUAGAUCAAAAUGUGCCAUCAACGCAUCCGGUCAGACCGAACAGUCUGCCUCAGCAUAGUCAACGUUACAAUAAACCAAAAUCCACCAGCGAACGUAGUAAAAGACCCUCGUCGUCUUCAAGUCGUCAUCAUCAGACGACGAUGACUAAAUACGUGCGAACUCUGGGCCAUCGUCUUCCAUCGGACAAUGGUCAUUUAUCGUACAACGAAGGUGAAAAAUUAAAAGUAGUAUUGGAGGUUGAUGAUAAAUGGAUACUAUGCUGUCGAGGAGAUCAAAAAGGUUUAGUGCCACGUUCAGCAGUAUUGCCUAUUUCUGGUCAUUUAUAAAAAUAAUUUUUAAAAAAAGUUCCUUUCUGAAUUGAUCGAAAAAAAUUGAAAAAAAUUAUAUUAUAGGCUUUAUCUAUUUAUCCUUCUUGUAAGCCUGGUACCUGCGUCCAACUAUUCCAAUACAUAUCUGUAUGAAAUACUGAAAGGGUAUAAAUUAUAUGCGUGAGCAUUUUAUAUCAAAAGCUUUCGAUGUAUUUUUUUUUCAUUUGUCGAUGUAUCGCUUUGUUUAAUGUUAUGUGUAUACCUUUUUUUCAUUUUUUGGUUUUGUUUUUUGUUUUUUUGUUUAUUUUUUUCUAUGUUUUUAUUUAGUUCCAUGUACCAUAAGAAGUCGUAAUACGGUAAUUUAACAGGCACAAAUUUUUAUUCAGUCAUUAACCUUUAAAGUUUAGUUCAAUAUAUAUAUUUUUUUUAAAGAGUCAAGUGAAGGAAUUUACAUAUUCCGUGAUUUUGUUUAUCGACAUCGAGUAUUUUAUAUUGUAACCGGCUCGUUUAUUAUUGCGCUUUUGUAGCCAUUAGAUUUUAAUAUUAAUUUUUUUUCUCUUUUUUUGUUGAAGUAACCUACAUUAUAAUUUUUAUUAAUCAGCUAUUACGAGACACUAGACACUAGACUAAUUUAAAGAAUUUUAAUGUGAACCCUUUAUCUUUGUUCCUUUGUAAUGUUUAACCUUUGAAAGAGAUUCAUCGUUACGUUAUGCUAUUCUAAGAGAAGUUGUAGACCUAUAUUUCCUGGUGUAUUUUUUCUAAAUGGCGAAAAACACGAUAAUUUUUUCAUUCUAAAUGAAGUAAAAAAAUUCAAAAAUAAAAUUUUCUAGUAUCGAUUCGAUCGAUUUAGUUUAUAAUUUUGGAGGAAAAAUGUAAUUUUUUCCGAUUAUGUAGAAAAUCCUCGUGUUUUUCAUCAAUAGUGUCGAGUGAGGUGAAUAAAAAAAGUAGGUAAAUAUGGGUCUCAAUUUGAUUACGUUAAAACUUAAUGUGGGUGCAUAAUUAUUGGUUAUAUUAAUCAUUCCAUAUAUUUUGUUAAGUUUAUUAAGAUAAAUGAUGCGUUGUUUUUUUAGGCGCGUCGCUUGAUCGCUUGUUCGUUAAUAAUUUUGCAAUACUUACUAUAAAAAUAUAGUCGAUGAAUUUCGGUUCCGUAUGCUUUUAGGAUAAAAAUAAAAAAUGAUGAUCAAAUUCGGCAGAGAUUUAUUUUCCUGAUAUUUGAUCAUCAAGCACGAUUUUCUAACAGCAAACGGAUUUUUUUUCAUGCGAAAAAUUUUCGUCUUGUUGACAUCAGAAGUAAAAUUAUCGAAAUUCAAAUUACCGUACAAAAGUGUGUUCUGUUUUUGGUUCUGUUCAGUCGAUCUGUCUAAUCUGUUUAAUUUUUCUUUUUGUACCUUCAUUAUUUUUAUACUUCAACAAAAAUUGAAUUACUCUAAUUCGAGUCAAUAUUUUUUAUCGUAUUUUUAAUUUUUUUUUGCCCUCUUGUUAAACGUUAGUAAAUUUGUGAGUGCUUUAUUUUUAUUAUUUUCGUGAUUCUAAAAUUACCAAAUAAAAACAGUAUUUUCUUUGAAUUAUUACUGAGAGUACCUAUGUAAGUGGUAAUAUUAUUUUUAUAAAAUAAAUGCUUUUAAUAAAGUC